AUGAAGAAUGUUAGUGAAUUUAAAUGCAUCAAUCAUGUGGAAUUUGUUUUAUCUACAGAUGAAGAGCAAAGUAAAACAGAAAAUUUAAAUAAUACAGUUACAGAAUUUGUUCUCCUAGGAUUUUCUGAUGUCCCCCAUCUCCAGUGGAUGCUGUUUGGGAUAUUUUUGCUCAUGUAUUUGACUAUUCUGAUCUGCAAUGGCAUUAUAAUGCUAGUAACAAGAACUGACCCUGCUCUGCAGAGCCCUAUGUACUUUUUUCUGAGCAACUUUUCUUUUGUGGAAAUCUGCUAUGUAACAGUCACCAUCCCAAGGAUGCUCCUGGACCUUUGUACCCAAAAAGGGACUAUUACAUUUUUUUCCUGUGCUGUACAACUCUGUUUUGUCAUCAUGCUUGGAGGCAUGGAGUUCCUCCUACUGACAGUCAUGGCCUAUGACCGCUAUGUGGCCAUUUGCAAUCCUCUCCACUAUCCUCUGCUCAUGAACAAUAAGGUCUGUGUGCAACUAGUGGCUGCUUGUUGGAUCAGUAUUAUUCCAGUUGUGACUGGUCAAACUUAUCAAAUUUUCUCUUUGCCUUAUUGUAGGUCUAACAGAAUUAAUCACUUUUUUUGUGACAUCCCACCACUACUCAAGCUUGCUUGUGGAGACACAUUUGUGAAUAAUUUAGCAAUCUAUGUGGCUUCAGUGGUGUUUAUCAUGGUUCCAUUUCUCUUGAUCAUUGUCUCCUAUGGCAAGAUUAUCUGCAAUAUUCUAAAGCUCUCAUCAGCUGGAGGAAGGUCAAAAGCCUUCUCCACCUGCUCAUCUCACAUUAUAGUUGUGGUUUUAUUCUAUGGAACAGCUACUGUCACAUAUGCACAACCAAAGUCAGAUCAAUCAGAUAGCAUGGGGAAGAUGCUGUCUCUUUUCUACACCAUUUUGAUCCCACUGUUGAAUCCCAUUAUUUAUACACUGAGGAAUAAGGACAUCAUGGUAGCACUGAGAAAAUUACACACUAAGUUAUUAACAUAUAGUAAUAGCUAA